ACGCCGGUGCGUUCCUAUCUGUGUAUCAACACUUUUUUACAAACCAGCCAGUCCGGCAACUAGCGUGGUGUAGAGAACGCGUUCGCGUUCGAAUCUUAAAUUUCGCGUGAGGGAAAUUCGCGCGAAACUAUUAUUAUAGUACAACAACCACAUCAGAUUUUUUUUUGAUAUAUAGUUUUAUUUUUUAACAAUAGAAUACGUUGUUAUUAAUAAAUAUGUAACGAAGUGAAAAUACUGUAAAAAAAAAUCUAGUUAAAUUUUUCACGAGUUUUGAAUAAUUUUUCGCAUUUUUCUUGUAGUUACAGCAAACGAAACAUAAUGAUAACCAGCAGUUCAAGUCUCCUCCUUUUCUCGACCAUCAUCCUUACACUCACCGAUGCAACCGUACCAGGAACUGCAAGCGCGAACGAGAUCAAUCAAAGCGAACAGAAGAAAGCACCAAACCCUGGCGGGGCGUUAUACCCACAAGAGUCAGAAACUAGAUACCUAAGAAAUCUAGACGGAAUAUGGAACUUCAGAAAGUCGCCCGUGGACCCGGAAUACGGAUAUCGAAAUGGCUGGUACGAGCAAGACCUCGAAAAGACAGGAGCAGUUAUCCCCAUGCCGGUGCCUUCAUCAUACAACGACAUCGGCGAAGACGCGUCGCUAAGAGACCACGUGGGCUUGGUGUGGUACGACCGGCGGUUCCACGUGCCGAUGUGGUGGGCCCGCACUGAACAGCGAGUGUGGCUGAGAUUCAGCAGCGUUCAUUAUGCCGCUCAAGUGUGGGUGAACAGCCAGCCGGUGACCUACCAUGAAAUUGGUCACCUACCGUUCGAGGUCGAGAUCACUGGCCUAAUUAACUACAAUGGCAGCAACCUCCUCACUGUCGUGGUCGACAACACGCUGCUCAGCGACACCGUGCCACAGGGCACCAUUAGAGAUAUCGUUGUUGGUAACACGAAAGUGCGCCAGGAGCAGACUUAUACUUUCGACUUCUUCAACUACGCCGGCAUCCACCGGUCAGUCUUCCUAUACACCACACCGCAAGAGUAUAUCGACGAUGUUAUCGUCAACACUGACAUCCAGGGACUCACAGGUUUCGUGGUAUAUAACGUCACUUACAAAGGUACCUCCAACGCGAACUGCCUUAUCCAAUUGUUUGAUAAGAACGGUUUACAAGUGGUUGGGGCGAACGAAUGCGCAGGCCUUUUGGAGAUUGGCAAUGCCAACUUCUGGUGGCCUUAUCUGAUGCAUCCUAAUCCUGGAUACUUGUACACUUUGAAGGCGUCGCUGAUAGGUCCACUAGGUGAAAUUGUGGACACGUACAACCUCAAAGUAGGCAUCAGAACCGUCACAUGGAGCAACACAACGAUCUACCUCAACGACAAGCCCAUCUACCUCAGAGGCUUUGGCAUGCAUGAGGAUUCUGAUCUUCGCGGUAAAGGUUGGGAUCCUGUGCUGUGGGUGAAGAACUUUAAUUUAAUCAAAUGGGUCGGAGCUAAUGCGUUCCGUACAUCUCAUUACCCGUACGCUGAAGAAAUCUAUCAGAUGGCCGAUGAAAUGGGCAUCAUGAUUAUUGAUGAGUGCCCAAGCGUCGAUACCGAUAUCUUCACGGACACUCUUCUAGUGAAACAUAAGCAGUCAUUAACUGAGUUGAUACGACGAGACAAGAACCAUCCUAGUGUGAUCAUGUGGUCCAUUUCCAAUGAACCAAGAUCCAGCAACUUCAAAGCUGACUCCUAUUUCAAGAGCGUUGUGAAACACGUCAAAUCUAUGGAUUUAUCAAGACCCGUUACAAUCGCCAUUUCUCAGAGUUAUUUAAAUGAUAAAUCUGGUCAAUACUUAGACGUGAUUUGUUUUAACCGCUACAACGGCUGGUACGCAGCAACCGGGCAGCUCAUCAACAUAGCGACUAGCGUGGUGGACGAGGCUACUUCGUGGCAUCGCAAACACAACAAACCCGUCAUCAUGAGUGAAUACGGCGCUGACACACUUGCUGGACUUCAUUUAAUCCCGGAGUAUGUGUGGUCGGAAGAAUAUCAAGUCGCGCUGCUAUCAGAACACUUCAAGGCGUUCGACAAACUACGAAAAGCGGGCUUCUUUUCUGGAGAGCUCAUUUGGAACUUCGCUGACUUCAAAACUGCACAAACAAUAACACGAGUAGGCGGCAACAAAAAGGGCAUAUUUACACGGGAAAGGCAGCCCAAGGCCUCAGCGCAUCACUUGAGAAACAGAUAUCACGCGAUCGCAGCAGCCGACAGCGGGACUCCAGCUCCUGACCUCUCGUAUUACAUCAGCGACAACAAACCUGCCAUACACGAAGAGUUAUAACAAUUUAUAAAAGAGAAACCAACUUUAUUUACUAUAGUUGAUAGUUACCUCACCUAGCUAAACUUCUUGACGUUUAAAAGGUGCUAAGUACCAUUAGGUAACCUUAAGUGGUACCUCCCCUUCAUUUAUUUCAUUUAGCUUCAGCGUCAGCUUUAUCAAUGUCUACUUACCUAUAAAUCUUGAUAAACUUGUGGCGACAACCAUUGUGCCAUAUAUCUUUGAAGACCAAUCACAAAUGAAUUAAACCUAAUUAAACCUUGAAAAGCUGUUCCUUUGUAUUACAAAGAAAAAAACUUGUGAAAGCACGCCUGCUCUACCAAGACUCUUGUACAAAAUCACACGUACAGUUAAAGUUGACACCAGACUUCUUGAAUGGUCUGAGGUUUUUGUUUGAGCUGGUAAAAUAAACACAAUGUCCCGACCCAUAGCGAAUAUUCAGGAGGAGGGUAGGGCGGGAGGGUGUAUACUUUACUCUCACCCCCUGCCAUACUCUACUCGUCACCAAUUCAGAGCAUUCAAGAAGUUUGGCGUCCCAUAUACCUACGUUUUAUAGUAGCUAUGACUAUUCAGUUUGCACAGCUUACAAUAGUUAAAUUACUUAUUAGACUAAAUUAUUGCCUUAAAUAAUCAUCUAGCCUAUUACUAUAUAGCCCAGAUUAAUAUUUGAUAUUGUAACCAUUUAGAACCAACAAUUUUCCGUCCAGUUUACUAGUAGGGGUAGGUGACGGUAGAUAGGAAAGUUUACCACUCCUGGUUUUUAGAACAUUAUUCUUGUUAAUAUAUUAUCUACUACAAUUUCUAAGAGUUUAAAUUCAUUACGCUAGCCAUACACGAUCAAGUUUAACGUCAAGUUUACAUGACGACUUGACCGGAAAACUUAUUGAUCGUAUGUAUAUGGAGCGUUAGAAAUGGUUAGAACUCUAACAAACUCUAAUAUAAUAUGGAGAAAUA